CAAACAGACGUUUAUAAGUGAUGAUAGUAGUGGUAUGAAUUAUGAACAAUGGAAACUUGAAACUAGCUAGAUAGGUGCUUAUUUUUUGGGGUUUUCCCUCUGCAGCAUUAUCACUUUGCAGAUUAUCAACCAUUUUCUUUGCCUAAAGAAGAAGAAGAAGAAGAAGAAGAAGAAGAAGAGAUAGGUGAUGGCCAGACUUCAUCUGUUAAGUUUGUGUGUUAUUGGGGUAGGAUUGCUUUAUGAAUCAACUACUUUCCAGUUAGCUUCUUCAGCGGAAGAAGAUGAUGAUCAAUUAUUUGGUGAUAAGUAUCAAAUAAAGGAGUUCAACCGGGGCAGUUUUCCUCCAGGUUUCGUGUUUGGUUCAGCAUCUUCUGCUUAUCAGGUUGAAGGUGCAUGGAACUCAGAUGGAAAAGGCCCCAGCAAUUGGGAUGUAUUUACACACACCAAACCAGGUUAAUAUAGUUAUGAUUAUUUUUUAAAUACCGUCUAUGUUGUAAAGAAUAAUCCUGUCAUUUUACUUUGGAAAAUGAUAGAUAUGAUACAAGAUCGCAAAUCUGGUGAUGUAGCUGCAGAUUCCUACCAUCUGUACAAGGAAGAUGUUGCCCUAUUGAAGAAAAUGAACAUGGAUGCAUAUCGCUUCUCUAUUUCUUGGACAAGAUUAUUACCACGUGGAAGGAUCUCUGGAGGCAUUAAUGAAAGAGGGAUUGAGUACUACAACAAACUUAUUGAUCAUCUUAUUGCAAAUGGGUUAAAGCCCGUCGUCACUCUUUUCCACUGGGAUACUCCUCAAUCAUUGGAAGAUGAAUAUGGUGGUUUUUUGGGACAGAAGAUUAUAGAUGAUUUUCGUGAAUAUGCAAAUCUUUGCUUUCAAAGAUAUGGGGACCGUGUUAAAGACUGGAUUACUCUCAACGAACCAUUCAGUUAUGCUGUGGGCGGUUAUGAUUCGGGAUAUUCACCUCCAAAUCAUUGUUCUGUUUGGAAAAAUCAGAACUGUAAAGGAGGAGAUUCUGGAACUGAACCUUAUAGAGUGAUGCACAAUAUGAUUCUUGCUCAUGCUAACGCUGUAAAGGUUUACAAAACAAAAUAUCAGGCUCAUCAAAAAGGAAAAGUAGGGAUGUCCAUUGUUUCUGGUUGGGCGGUGCCCUUCUCUAACUCACUUGCAGAUAGAAAUGCUACUUAUCGUGCCCUAGAUUUCCAGAUUGGAUGGAACUUGUGGCCAUUGGUUUAUGGUGAAUAUCCAAACUCAAUGCAAAUGCUAGUUGGAAAACGCCUUCCGAAAUUCACGAAGGAAGAAUCAGAUAUAGUGAAAGGGUCAUUCGACUUUGUUGGCCUAAAUUACUACACUGCUAAUUAUGUCAAGGGUAGCACCAAUCACAACUCCAACACAAAUGCUAGCUUUUCCACAGAUGCUCGUGCUGAUUCCUUAGUUGAGCGCCAGGGAAAGCUCAUAGGACCAGAGGCUGGUUCAAGUUGGCUCCAUUUCUACCCUAGAGGACUACGAGAUAUGUUAUUAUAUGUCAAGCAUAAAUUUAACAAUCCUGUAAUUUACAUAACAGAGAAUGGUGUUGAUGAAAAAGAUGACCCGAGUGUUCCACUGGAAACAGCCCUCAGGGACUACUCCAGAAUAAAGUACUACUAUUGGCAUCUCAAGUAUCUUCACAUUGCCAUUCGGGAGGGAGUUAAAGUGAAAGGAUACUUUGGUUGGGCAGCGUUGGACAACUUUGAAUGGAACAGUGGAUAUACUGUUCGAUUUGGGCUGAAUUAUGUGGACUACAGAAAUGGAAACAAGAGAUACCCAAAGCUCUCAGCAAGAUGGUUCAGUAGAUUCUUGUCUCGACCCACGAUCCACGAACCACACCAUUAAGGAAACCCUUAUGAGCUUGAACUUUCUCCUUUUCUGAUUAAUUUGUCAUUAUCAGUGAACUCAUUUAAAAAAAGAAAAAACUGUUAUUGUACUUUUUCAUCUCAAUUUUAGUACAACUUAGUCUUGGUAGCUGUUAAUUGAUUCGGCAGUGUCCAUGAAAAUUUUAAACCAUGGAUGAAUCAACUAUGAACCUUUUUGUUAACAUUUCUCUCUUCACAGCCACCUAUUGGAUAACAGUUUCUGAG